AUGAAGCCAGCAAAAUCUCUGUUAGCCUCUAGUAAUAAAUUGGCAAAUGUUCCAGAGUCAACUUACAAAAAGGGACUAUUGAAUUUACCAAUGUCACCUAAAUCAAAGGAAAAACAUAGUGCAAAAUUAGGACGUGAUAAAUUUGAACCAAUGGUCUUAGGAUCUCCACCAACAGGGGGAUCCCUUGUAAGGUAUGCUUUGCCCAUUCUAUCAAGUAAGACAAAGGAGUUAAUAGCAGAAGAUGAAUCGAUCAGGAAAAUUACCAGACAUCUGAAGAUGAUUGUUUCCACUUUAGAAGAAACCUAUGGAGUUAGCAUUCAAAAUGGAGAAAAAUCAUUUAUGAAGCCUGAACAUGAAGAAUUAACUUUGUCUGUUGAGGAUGAUCUGAAUUCAUUCUUGAUAUGUUGCUCACAAUUUGUAGCUCAGUUAGAAGAAGCAGCUAAGGAAGAACGUAAUAUUUUGGAAUCUCUUUAUGAGUGGUUUCAGCGACAGGUCAAUCAGAUAGAAGAGAUAAGUAAAGAUCAAAGUUUUUCAGAAGCAGACUUUCCAGUAUCUGACAAAACAGUCACUUUAAGCAUUGCACAAAUAGUAAAGCAGGUUCAAAAACUAGAAGAACUGAAAAAUCGCCUUAAACAAGAGUCUAAAUACUCCUUGAAAGCCGUGUUGGCUAAAGCCAAGGAUAGUGAAAGUUCACCAGAGGCAGUACAAAGUUAUGAAGCUGUACAGCAGUUAAUUGAAGAAUUCAUAAAAACUCACUCAACUGAAGAAUUUAUAGAUGUUUCUGCAACUGAUCCACAAGCUGCUUAUUCACUGAUGAAUCGAUUGAAUGUCAUGUUGAAAAUAUUUGAAAAACAGUCAAAUAUGUUGGAGAGAGCUGUGGGUGAUCAAGGUUUGUUAGAGGCUAAAUAUAAACAAAUGGAAAGUGAUUUUCAAGUGUUAUUAGAGGAGAAGUCGGUGCUGGAAAAUGAACUACAAAAGCUGAAGAAUGAGAAGACAAAGUCUACAUAUGAUCAGACAAAGAAAACUAUAAAAACUGAGAAGAAAAAAGACAAAGGAAAACCUGAGAAUUCAGAAGAGAAGAAGUCUGUAGUCAAAGAGCUUAAAAUAAAAGGAGAUUUGACUCAAGUCCAGAAAGUAGCACAUGCUCUGGAAAUUGAGAACAAAGUCCUUCAGGAACAACUGAAACAGGCUUUACAGGAAGCUGAAAGAGCUAAGCAGCAACUUAACUGUUUCCUAAAUCAAGGGAAAGAAUUACUUAAAAGUGAAGGGAAGACCAAGACAACAAUGGAAAUGGGUAUUAGUAAAAUAAAAGUCGAAGAUUUAAAACAUAUACCAUUGGAGAAAGAAACAAGGAAAUCACUAGGUACAAAUUCAGGUAGACAAAAGACAAAUUUUAAAAUCCAAGAACAUCCACAGCUAUGUGGUAAUAGUGGUAACAUGAGUGGUCAUGCAGCUACUAAUAGCUGCAGCUCAGAGAAGAAAAGAGCUAGCUCUGCUAUUUCAGAUCUUUCACAGAUCCUAAACACUCAAGAUGGUUCAGCUUUUCUAAGGAGUUCAAAUGAAGUUUCAGCUGAUAAAGACCUAUCCUACACGCUUCCAUUAAAGACCCAUGAGAAACCAUUAACAAGACUAUUAUCAAACAAGGAGAUUGAAGAUUUACUGUCUGGCAAAACAUCACUUCAAGGGAGUGAAACAGCUACAGCAUCAUUCAUUUCACCCUCUGUUCUUACUAAAAGAAAGCCAAUGGGUAGUGACAUCUCAAAGGCUGCUGUUGUAGAAGAGAAAUUACAAAGCAAGACUGAAAGACAAGAAGCAACAGAAUUUCAAGCUAAUGAUGAAGUACCAGAUGAAGAGCAUAUACUUGGACAUCAAGAUUUAGUGUCAAAAACUAAAACAGAAGUAGAGCAAGAAAAGACUCCUAGAGAGGGAAGAUUCACUAAUCCUGCCCUGGAAUUUUUCUUGGAUACUAGGUCCUUGUACUUUGUUUAUACGAAUGGCCCAACCAUGUUGCCCCAUAUGGAUCAGCAUGAUAUACAGUCCUUGUUGGAUAAUGUCCUUGUUUGGGCCCACCAGAAGGUUGUAAUCAGUAUAGUGAAGAGCUAG